UUAUAAGUAUGUUCUCCAAAUACUCAUCAAUCGUGUAUUUUUUGAAAUAUACAAAACAUCACAAUCAAAACUUUAACAAUAUCUGUAUACUCAAUACUAAAUAUUCAAAACAAGAUUUCAUCCUCAUCCAUUUCCUCCAUAACCCCUCAUCCCACAAACCCCCCUCCUCUCCACCAACUUCCAAACCCCCCAUCUCCUCAUCAUGACCCCCAUCUCUAUCCCCUCCUUCCCCAACCCCUCCUUCUCUAUCCACCCCUGCACCCCCGCCGACCUCCCCUCCAUGCUCACCAUCUACGACCUCGCCUUCGCAAUCGACCCCUUCCGCCUAGCCCGCUGGCCCUCCUCCCAAGUUUCCCCCUCCGUAUUCACCUCCUGGCUCACCAAAGUCUUCACCAAGUAUCUCCAUGCCCCUCAUACACACACCUGGAAACUUGUGGAAAAUUCCACAGGGAAUAUGGCAGGCUGGACGCAUUGGGCCGAACCGCAUGUGGUGAGUAGGGAAGAAGAAGAGCGAAACAAAAUAGAAGAGGAGAAGGAAGAGAGGGAGAGGAAGGAGAGGGGCGAAGGAAAGUUCCCGGAAGGUUCGGUAUUGGAUAUAUGUGAAGCGAAGACACGGGGCUGGGAUGAACUGAGGGAGAAGUGGUAUAAGAGAGGAGAAAUGUUUUUAAUCUACUUCCUCUCCAUUUCUCCCAACUACCAAAAACUCGGCCUCGGCACCCUCCUGCUCACCGCUAUCACAAAUCUCGCAGAUGCCCAGGCGAAAAGUAGUUAUUUGGAAGCAACGGCUGCAGGGUAUCCAGUGUAUGUGCGCGCGGGGUUUAAGGAGGUAGAUUGUAUGGAGGUGGAUUUGGGGGAACAUGGGGUGGGCAGGAAUUGGGCGAUGAUUAGAAGUGGGGAAAAGGAGUAG